UUCUGCUUGCUCACAAGUUUCACGACAACGGGGAAAUGGGGAAACGUCGAUGCGUUCGAGUAAUGAGUGGCUAGAUUCAAUGCGGGACGAAGUUCACGAAGUGAGCUUAAGAGUUGCGGGAAUAAUGAUGAUCGUGGUGUUAGUGCGCGUUGACAGCCUCUGUUAAACUGGUCGAAUCGAGAGCCGAAAAUUACGAGCUUCGUUCAAACUACACUGGGGCAGAAACCAAACCUACUCGUAGCCGUAUUACCCGUAGUAUUACAUCACCGAUAGUAGUGGGUAGUAAUGCCCAGGGCGCGUUGGUGAGAUGUGCCAAUUUAGGCUGCGCGAUAAAUCCUACCGACCUUUAGCCGGGUCUGUGCCGCCGUCGAUAUUGUCAUCUUUGGUUAACAAAGCAUCCCAAGAUGUCAGUGGUGGAGGCACCACAGUUUAUUCGCACCAUAGAGUGGGACAUGAUGGACAAGAAGAAAUUCUUUCCUCUCAGCAUGCUAUCGUCGUUCUCGGUUCGAUGCUGCCUUUACCCACUGACAGUCAUAAAAACACGGUUGCAAAUCCAAAGAAAAAACCACAUGUACUCAGGUAUGAUAGACGCAUACAAAAAGAUCUACAAAAUGGAAGGGUUCGGAGGACUGUACCGAGGCUUCUGGAUCAGUUCUGUCCAAAUAGUGUCAGGGGUAUUUUACGUCUCGACAUACGAAGGUGUCCGACAUCUUCUGAGACAAGACCCGUUUACUGCGCAACUAGAUUCACGGAUAAAGGCUCUGAUUGGCGGAGGCGCUGCAAGCAUAGUUGGUCAGACGAUAGUUGUGCCAUUUGACGUCCUCAGUCAGCAUUUGAUGGUCCUUGGCGUUAGUACCAAGCAUGGAAAACUUGUUGUAGACAAAAUGGGAAUGAACCCUUUAGGACUGACUUUGGAUCCUGGAAGGUCGAGAGCAUUCAUCGCUGCCGAAAUAGUCAGAUUAAUCUAUCAGCGUGACGGCCCAAAGGGAUUCUAUCGGGGCUAUGUCGCUUCAUUGUGCGCUUAUGUCCCAAACAGUGCGCUUUGGUGGGGAUUGUACACGUUCUAUCAAGAUGAAAUGGUACGAGUUCUGCCUGAUUGGGUGUCACAUUUGUUGAUCCAAGCAGUUGCCGGGACGCUGGGUGGGUUCACGACGACGGUGAUAACAAAUCCGUUGGACAUAGUGCGUGCGAGACUGCAAGUUCAGAGGCUAGAUUCAAUGUGCAAUGCGUUUAAAGUGCUCUGGGUAGAAGAGGGUCUCCAGAUGUUCACCAAAGGACUUUCCGCCCGUCUUGUGCAAUCCGCUUGCUUUAGUUUUUCCAUCAUAUUGGGAUACGAGACCAUCAAAAGGGUCAGCAUCAACGACGAGUACAAGAGCUUCGUUAGGUGGUGAACAAUCGAUAAUCUUGCAACUUAUUUUGCUCAGGAUGAAAUAACGCUCUAGACUUAUGAGUCAAGGUGGAUAAUGCAAGGAUCACAAUAUACAUCCUAUUUAUCAGUUAUUCAGUUUAAUUAUCAAACCGAGUUGAUGACGGUGAAAGCGGAUAUUAUUUGGGAUAAAUAAUUGACAGACAUAAAUUUCAAGAUAUUUUUUAUCCACAGUGAAAACUUGUGUGUAAAUAUUCGUAGUGAAAAUUGUAUGUCUUAUCGUAUUAUUUGAAGGAGUUGCAAUAUCGUUGCGCAUGUAAAAUAUAUAGUAAAAGUAAUAAUAUUAAUAAUAAUAAUAAACGAAAUGAUAAUAAUACGUUAUUAGUAGUUGCUACUAAUUUGUUGUUAAAAAAACACCAAUGAAUGAACAAAUGAGAAAAAUAAUUUCUGGGUUGGAAUAGAUGAAUUCUACGCAGAAAUAUUAGUUACAGGUAAUGAGUCCAAACUGUUGUUGAUUGCGUCGAUUGUAUAUAAUGAUUCCUGAAUCUGGAAGCAUACCUACGUAGUGUACAAAAAUAGGGCUGAAUACGAGUAAUAAACUACUAACAAAUUCUGAUAUUUCAAAUUUUGUAAUCGAUUUUAAAACACGUUGGGCAUGAAAUCAUUAGAACUUUAUACUAGACUGAUGGUGCAACGAUAUACCAAAAAUAUGAAACUGUUUAGAUAAGAUAUAUAUCUACUAACAUGGACGAUGUGAAUUCUGUUUCGUAUGUAUCAGACUCAGGCUUGUUAUAUUACUAUACGCUAUGUAAUUUAUUCAAUUAAAUUAAUAAUUUUUAUUAAACUAAUUUAUUUAACUACAGUAUUCAUCUAAUAUUAAUGUUGAAUUAGGUACUAAUUAGUUGACAGUUUGUGGAUGUGAAGUAUGCGCGUAUCAAUGAUGACGGUGAAAAUGCAUUUCAUUGCUAUACGUCUAAUAUUCGCUUAUCCAUUUAGUCUAAUAGAUAAAAUAUGUUUUCAUUUUCUUUUUCACCCAUCACGAAUGAAAAAUAUUUAGAGAUAGAACGAAUGGCUUUUAAGUUGCCAAUUUUUUUCUUCUCUUUCUUACACGAAAAAGCAGCCCGUUUUUUGAACUUAAAUCUAUGGCGAUCUUGAGUUCUGGCAAAGUUUAAUAAAUUUCAACUUGUCAAUUGAAUUGUAAUUUUUUUUAUCCACUAUGAAGAUCAGAUAACUAAAUGAUCGUACGUAUAAGACAGAAAAUUCGUGCAGAACGAAGGCUAGACGUGGUAUGAUGCCAGUAUAAAUACGAGUAUUUUCGUUUCGCUUAGACACGAAUGAAAUAGUAAUGAGAAAAUAAAAAACGGUGUUGCAUAUGAAGUGGAUAAAAAAUGUAGAUUAUGAUUCAUUCGCAGAGAUAUGAUAGUACACAAGAUAAAUAUGUAACGUGGAAAUGCGUCAUCGUCAAAGUUUUUGUUAUCACAACGUGG